UCUGACAGAGAUUUACAUCCUGAGGGAGGACUCCAGACUCCAGACUCCAUUCGUAAAAGAGAAUAAAAAAUAUAGAAAAUGGCUGAUCCAGAACCUGAUAAGCCAAGCGGUGAAGAUGUGCUAAAGAUACUGCAAGAUCUGAAUAGGGAUCUGGAACAGUUGUUAGAGCAAAUGGAGAAGGUAUCAGCUGACACUACAUGGAUGGCUUAUGACAUGUUGACCACACGCAACAAUCCCGCCAUGGAUGAACAAAUGAAGAGACUCAAUGAAGCCUUUCAGAAAUGCCUGAUCGAGGUGGAUACAACCUGGAAGGAGAUGCUAGAGCAAGCCAAACAAGCACUGUAGUCAGAAUGCUGUAAUGACAAUACCUCUGUUUUUUUUCUCAAAAAUGCAUCAUUUAUAUUUAGCAAAUCCAUGACUCAAAAGGAUUUAAAGUUUAUUCAAUUGCUUUAAAGUUUACACACUUGACAAUAUGCCACUACAGACAGGUAGAAUGAAAUAAAAUUGUUUGAAUUGAUAAAGGUAAGAAAGCGUCAUGAAUUUGUCUGCUACUCUAUAUUAACCUUGUUAUACAAGAAUAAA